AUGCCGGUGUUGGUAAACGCGGCGAGCAGUGACACUAGCUGGAUUCCAAUGGACCUAACUCAGUUCAGCGGCAAUGCUACCCUUGAUACAAAGGGUGACGUUCAGCUGUUCUGGAAAAUCGGAGACGAGUACUCGACCUACGGAAUUGCUUCUCGGUCAAGCGGUUACCUUGCCCUCGGGUUCAGCGAGACUGGAGCAAUGACGGGCGCCGAUAUAGCCGUCGGCUCCAUGGACAACGGUGAAUUCAAAUUCGAAAAUCGCUUUGCGGCCGGCUUUGUGUCUCCAGAGCUUUCCGCGGAUCAGCAGAAUAAUAUGCGACUCAAGGAAGGCCAUCAGCAAGAUGGCGUCACGGCAUUCGUUUUCGAGAAGAAGAAUGUCGCCGAUUGCCUGGCAGAGCAAGCCAAUGUCAAUACAGAAGCGUGGCAAUGGUUCAUCUACGCCUUUUCCGACGACAACACCUUUGCCCAGCACAAGGCUGGCAACAAGGGCAAGACGUAUGUCAAGUUGGGCACAGGGGAGACCAUCUCGGUGAACGAAAUCCGACCCGUCGACAACGCCAAGAACUUCACACUCACACAGUCUGAAGUUGCCAUCCCUACUGCGGAAACUACCUACUGCUACACUAUGCACAAGAUGCCUUCUGGUAAAAAGAAUUAUAUACUUGGCGAGCGGCCCGAGAGGUCGAGUGACUUUUUGCAUCACUUGGUUCUCUAUGCAUGCUACGGCAUCACCGACCAGGACAAAGAAAUGGUUGGCAAGGAUGCUGUUUGUUCCGACGACUUCUCGAAUCCUUGCAAUGGAUUCGUCACAGAAUGGUCCCCUGGAAUGUCCGGCCGCACGUUCGAGCCAGGGUACGGCAAACCAUUCGGGGAGGACUACUACGAAUACGUCAUGCUAGAGACACACUACAACAAUCCUGACGGCAUCGACGGUCAAAAGGACGCUGCUAGCUUUAGCUUCAUCUACACCGACCAACCCGUAAAGACUGAGGUCGGCAGUUUAACCCUCGGCGACGUGGGCAAUCGCUUCACCCUCGAGCCCGGCAAGGAGUUGGUCGCAGUUUCAAGAGUGUGCACGCCUGAAUGCACAAGCAACUGGCCUGAGGAAGGUAUCACGGCUUUCUCUGUAUUCCACCACAUGCACUAUCGCGGUCGUAACGCGCGUGUCCAGAUCAUUCGGGACGGCAAGGAGCUUGCUCCGCUGUCGGAACUUCGCCACUUUGACUACGGGUACCAGUUCUCCAAAGGCUUGAAUCAGAUAAAACUGCUGCCUGGAGAUAAACUUAUUACCACCUGCGAGUUCGAGACUACAGGCGACACUGAACCAGUGAAGGGUGGCCUUUCAAGCCAACAAGAAAUGUGUUUUUCCUGGGUUGACUACUACCCAGCCAACACUAUCAUGAUGUGCUCAGAAUUCGACUUGGGCAAUUCAACUAGAGAUGGAUUGACAGGAGUUGUAGGUUUCUGCUCAGACAGUACCAAGCCUGAGGCAGAGAGGUUUGCGUCAACUUCCAUCACAUCAUCGUUCGAGGCGCUUCCGGAAACAGGGAAAACGUGCAAUGCGUCGAACUCUACCGGAACAGACUCUUCCGACAAUGCUGCCGAUGACUCAGCCGCUUCCUCCAGCCUGCCUAGCUUGACCUUGUUGAUCACGAUGCUUUCUAUGCUUGGUUUGCAUGUGACUUUUGGCAACUACUAG